AUGAAUUACUGCAAAGGUUACUUGAAUUAAAUAUUUAAUCCAAAUAAAUUUUAUUGUCAGAUAUCCCAAAAUAAAUUGAUUAAUAAGAAUAUUAUUACAUUAAUCGUUUAUAAUUUAUUGUUAAUACUUAGAGUAUUCCAUUAUUAUAAUUUGCUUUAUAAAAGUUUGAAUACUCUGAAAAUUUAUAUUAAAUUCCGAUUUUUCCUGUAAGAAUAUAAGCAUAUAUAGUAGUUGUUUCAUUAGCACAUAUCGAAACAGGAAACUAUGUAAAUUUAUCUAUAAAAAUCACAAAACAGUAAGUAUUUUAAUAAGGAAAGUUAUAUAUUCAACUAUAAAAUCAAGUUUAUUCAUUUAGCUAGUAUAAACUGAAAUUGUUUUAAAUAAAGAUCUUGUUGUUAUUUUGAUUGCGGCCUAAAAAGAAAAGUUCAAGGUUUAAGAAGAUAAUCCAUUUAUAGGUUAAGUAAAAUUAAGUGAUUUGCAUUCUAUACAAUUUAUUGAAUAAUUCUUAAUGUUUCCAUUAAAUAAAUUGGAUGGAUUUAUGAUUAAUUUUGUAUUAUUUUAAAUUAUUAAUACUUAAGAUCCUAAGUUGAAUUAUUUUUGA